UGAAAUAUAAUUUUCCCCGGACUUACCGUUGAAGGAAGCUAUCAGACUUUGCCUUGAAAAUAGCGAAAAGUGGUUUCUCUGUUUCGGAAAGUCGUGCAACAAUUGCUGACCAGUCGAUGGUCUUAAUGGCCCUUCGUCCUGCCAUUUCUUCGAUUAAAAUGAGAAAAUGAUCACCAACCCUCGUCUGAUCUCGGAGGCCCACAAGCCACAACCAGCCACAACUCAAAACUACUGUCGUCGAUGAAUUCGUUGAGGGUAAUCCCCACGAAAUGGUGGACUCACAUGUGCAGCGAAAAACUACCCUAUAAAUUCAAUAUGGCGGAUGGUAAAAACACUCUGACAUCUGCAGGGUAGGGAUUAUUCUCUCCUGCAUACCGGUGUUGAAGAGUUAUUAUUGAAUUGAAUUGACUUUUUCUCACAUAUCAACGGGAUUAUUUCCAUUUUUUACUGGAGGGAUUGUUGUCACGCACAUGAAGAGAGCCGAAGUAACUUUCGAUGAACUCGACGACUAUUAUCAAUUGGAGGGAAUUUUCUAAUGAAUACUGCUCUGUGUAGAGCAAUGAAAGUGUGAUUGAUUCCACGAUUUUAAAUUAUUUAAUAUUACUGGGUAAACCAAGGAAUAUCCCGAGGUAGAAAUAAGUGUUGAAAGAUGGAUGGCAGCAAAGUUGAAGAGGACAACCAUCAACGGAUCAACGAUGGCGAUUGGGUCUGUCCAGAUUCCCAAUGCGCGAAUAUCAAUUUUGCCCGACGAAGCUCGUGCAAUCGAUGCGGAAAAGACAGGGGCGAGUCAUCGAAGAAGAAAAAAUUGGGACAAGAGAUAGGGAAGGUAGCUGCUGAAAAAAGCAGAGGUUUAUUCAGUGCUGACGACUGGCAAUGCAGUAAAUGUGGGAACGUCAAUUGGGCACGACGACAACAGUGUAACAUGUGUAAUGCACCGAAGUUUGGUGAAGUAGAGGAAAGAACUGGGUAUGGUGGGGGAUACAAUGAUCGAGGGGUUGUGGAGUACAAGGAACGGAGGGACGAUGAUGAUGACGAGUACGACGAAUUUGGCAGGCGAAAGAAGAAACGAAAAAUGGAUAGGUCAGAUGAUGAUUCCAAGGAGUCCUCAAAGUACAGUAGUCCACCUCGGAAAAUAAGUUCUGAGGACAAGUUCGGGGGGACUGAGGAUCCUGUGGUGCAUGGUGAUCCUAAAAAUCACUUUGAUCGUAAUGAAGAUUCGGAGGAGGUCAACCGAGAUGAUGAAGACGAGGAGGAAGAAGCAGGAGACGACGAGGAGGACGACGAGGAUGAUGGUGAUGGAGAUUUAUCAAAAUACGACCUCAGUGAAUGGGACGAUUAUGUACCUGAGAAAAAAAGGUGAAAGUCGUUCUGUGAACAACCAUGAGUUUGGAAGCUCGACAACAGUCAACAAUUGCGCAAACACGUUUAGUUACUUUCCAAAGUUAUAUCUAGAUAAUUACGAGUAUUUGAAAAACACUUGAAAAUGCCUAGAACUCGACGAGACAGUGAAAACAUACGCGAUAAAAUUGUGAACGUUACAAUCUGGGCUAAUGAAUGUAGCUGUUGAAGUAUUUAUAGAUUUCGAAGAAACUUGAGAGAAGAGAAAAUAUUACAAUUAUUGCGCUUCCUUCAUUGGCUCAACGCUUUAUUGACUCAUUAUCUGAUUUUUCGGAAUAUAAUUGUUCACGUUUCUUUAGAAUCAGAAAAAUAUCAAUAAAAAAAAAUGUGCUGAACAAGUCGAUUUUUCGCAUCUUUAUUAAUAUUGAAUUAUCUCGAUCCUGAGUGCUUUUAGGGGGAAAAGUCAUUGAACAUUUUUUGUAGGAAAUUCAAUUCUCCACAAAAAAGGUGUUUUGGCAUUUUCUCUUGAAUCCACUUGUUUCCGAGGUAAAUGCACAAUUAACAAAAAUGUCGAACUUGACACUGGGGUGAAGGGGGUAAAAUGGACCUUUUUAAAUCCGAAAUUCCUCGACAUUCGCAGAGGGAAAUUGAACGAUUUUGUUCACUCUAAAGGUCUUUUCUCAGGCCUUCAAAUAAUUUUGACUCGAUGAAAUCAGUAGCGAAGAGGUAAAAUGGUUCAAGUAGAUUUUGGCUAUUGGUUAUUUUUCAAUGAAUAUCUCGGUGUCUAAGGCAGGUAGCAAAAUUUGCAUCGGAAUAUUUUUUGUAGAGCGAAUUGAGAGCUACAAAAAAGGUUAUGACAAAAAUUUCGAUAUCUCCCUUAGAUUCGGAGAUAUUCCUCCACAACUCAGACAACAGCUAAAUCAACUGGAACGUUUCGCUACUGAAAUCGUACUCCUGAGUCAGAGGAUAUCGAUGUAAGAAGAUCAAUUUUACCUCACCUUUCUCUACAUACCAAUUCACUGAUUUCUCCUCUGAAACCUGUGAAACACCGCAGAAUAAUUAGGAAAAUGUAUCUAUGUGCGCUUUCGUGAGAUUAAAAAAACAUUGCUCAUUUCACUUGAACUAAUUCAAGAGUAGAAAAUUGAUCAAUACUAAACUGUAAUGAUAUAUAGAUAUACUUUUUGCAGUAGACUAUACCUCUAACAAAAGAAAAAGAGCAACAAAAAGUGAUUUCGAAAGCCCUACGAAGUAUUGCAUAAAAAGAAAAGUAAAAAAAAUAUGUUUUCACGUACUGAAUUUUCUUGUAAAUAUCUUUAUUUUAUUUCAUUCAUAAUAAAAAUCAUUCAUCAACAACAUAA